UCUCCGCGAGACCACACCACGACGCGCACGCCUCCCCCGCCGCGUGGCGACGUGUGAUCCGGGCCCGCAUGGCAGCGACGUGGCCCGGCCAGGGGUCAAAGCCUAUCCAUCCACCGCGCGAAUAACUGCGCCCCUGGCCCACGCGUCAGUGAGACCCCGCGCAGGCGGCACGCGUUUCCUUGCCGAAUCCUGCGAGUUGCCUCCUCGGGUAUAUAUCCGGGGAAGGAGGGUGCGGCCAAAGCCGAACCAUCACGCGUCGCCCACAGAAACAUCGCCUGAGAUCGGCUACUUGGUUUGCUGAUCGCCGGAGUUCUCGUCGUCGUUCGGUAGCUUGGGGGAACAAUGGGAGGCGGCAAGGACAAGCAUGACGAGGGUGACAAGGGGCUCUUCUCAAACAUAAUGCAUGGUGUUGCCGGUGGCCAGGGGUACCCGCAUCAGGGAUACCCUCCGCAAGGCUACCCGCCACCACCUGGGGCGUACCCGCCUCCCCCUGGGGCGUAUCCUCCACCAGGGGCUUAUCCCCUGGCACCCGGGGCAUACCCACCACAGCAUGGGUACCCUCAACCGGGUGGGUACCCUCAACCAGGUGGUUACCCUCCACAUGGUGGUUAUCCCCCUGCUGGUUAUCCCGGCUCAUCUCACCAGGGUCAUGGUAGCAGCCAUGGUGGCAUGGGGAUGGGGACGGUUCUAGCUGGAGGCACCGCCGCCGCUGCAGCUGCGUAUGGAGCACACAAGCUCUCUCAUGGGCAUAGCGGACAAGGUGGACAUGGGGUCAUUGGAGGCUAUGGCCACGGUUACGGCCAGGGCUACGGCGGUUACGGCCAGGGCUACGGCGGUCACGGCAAGUUCAAGCAUGGUCACGGCCACCACGGCAAGUUCAAGCACGGCCAUGGCAAAUUCAAGCAUGGCAAGCAUGGGCACGGCAUGUUCGGCGGCAAGUUCAAGAAGUGGAAGUGAUGUGCACCCAAUGGUUUGAUCAUACUAAACUCCUAAGCAGGCUUCCAUAACUUCUGUUAUCGGGAAUGCCUUUGCGAUGUAUUUAGCAGGGUGAUUGUUCAUCCUUCCUCUAUAUGUGUGACAAGAUGGUUUGCUAAUAAGUAACUGAAUAACCUUGUCGAUUCCCUGUAAUGAUGCUGUAUCUUUUGUGCAUUGUUCUCUGAAGAUUAUUUCUCUAGUGGAGGGAUGUUGAUACCUUGCGUUUAUAUAUGGUCCACUGAAAUUCUUCUGA